AUGGAUGCCGACUUGGUGUGCCAAUUUAUCCGCAAGUUUCGCAUAGGUGCCACCUGGAACGAAGCCUUAGCCAGGAAGCAGAGCCGCCUCAUGGCAGAGUUUUUCUGGAGAAACUCUUCCUCGAAGCCGGCUGAUGCUCAGGAUCAGAACACAGAGGUUCAGAUUCUAGCAAAUCUUUCACAUGAUUUGCUAUACAAGAUUUUCAUGUUGCUCCCUGCUGAAUCCCUCUUUAGGCUGCAGUUUGUGUGCAAGCAGUGGUUUGCUUUGAUCAAUAGCUCGAUUUUUGUGACAAGUCAUGCUCAGAAGUCCGAGACGGUCUUGAUAUCUCAGCAGAUGGCAUUUUGUCCUAGAGGGAGUGUGGGGAAGCCAAAGGCCUACUUCCAUUUCUUGAGUUUGGAUGGCUUGAGGAGUAGUUUUGUGGAGUCGAGUGUGAAUGAUUUGGAUCGUGUUCUAGCAAGCUAUGGUGGCUUGAUUCUUGGAACUAAUUUGAGAAGGAAGAGAUUGGUGCUGAUGAAUCCUAUGACAAGGAAGUAUGUUGAUCUUCCAUUAGGUGUUCUAUUACUUUCAUGCAAGCAUCUAUAUAAAUCAUUUGGUAUAGCCUUUUGUAGUAAGACGAAAACAUACAAAGUCGUGCACUUGUUUUAUGGGCAUCUUGGGGGUGUUGGUUGUGAGAUAUUGAGCGUUGAAACGAGGAAAUGGAGGAGAAUCACGCGGUGUCUUCAAUCGGUACAGCUGGGGCAAACCAUGUUGUCUGUGGGCAGAUCAGUGCACUUGCUAGGAUAUGGAAAGUGGUAUGAUUGCGUUGUCUCCUUGGAUGUGUGUGAUGAGAAGUUUGUCACCAAGAAAUUGCCCGUGAAGAGAAUAUGGGAAGAUAUGCUGGUUGAGAUGGGAGGGGAUCUAGGAUUUGUGAGUCGUGCGAAGGUUAAUGCAUUGGAAGUGUGGAUUCUGAGUGAGUUGGAAGGUGAAUGUUGGAUGAAGAAAUGUAGGAUCGAUUUGAGUGGGGAUUUAGUCUACUGCAUCCCGGUUUGUAGCCGGAGGGAUGGGAGUGAGAUGGUGCUGGAAAGCCAGAGUGGGCGAUUGUGUGUUUACGACUUUGGUAGAGAUGAAACGAGGCUCAUAAGUUCAGGAUCAUCCGGUGGUGGUGAUGAUGAUUAUUAUGAAGAGGAGUGGGAGCCAUGGUCUGCAAUGACGAAUAAGAUUUAUAUUCCUCACGGGAACACUCUUGUGUCAUUUGGUGAUCAAAGGGUGAUUAUCUAA